AGAAUAUUAAAGGCAUGAGUUUUGUGUUACUACAGAUCCAGCUAAUUUUUAGCACCAGAGAUUGAAUUUAACAAUGAUCACUCAUGAGACAGAUGUGCAGUACAGUCGAUGGAAUGACAAUGCCCAGGACCAGGUCACCAUCAGCAUUUCUGCAAUAGAAGCUUCAGGCUGUAAAAGGAUUUAUGAUAAAUUAUGCACCGGAAAACUAGGCAUUGUGAUGAAAGUACUUGGAGGAAUUGCUGUGUUUUGGAUCAUCUUCAUCAUUGGUUAUGUGACAGGCUACUAUGUCCACAAGUGCAAAUAGAAACCUAAAUAAUUUCUUCUAUUCCAUCUGAGACAUGGUUUGAUGCUCCUUCAGGUGUGAUCCCCAAAGUAGCUCCCUGUUUGAACACUGUAUAAUGAGAGAAUCAAUCUGAAAAUCAUCUAGUACAUAAAUUACUGGAGUAUGCUAUUAUUGAAUGUUGGACAUGAAAUUAAAUUCUGAUGUAAUUUGUUUUUUUCCCAAAAGGAACAAGUUGUUCCCAUAGGGGUGUAUUGAGGAAGACAAGUGCACGGUAGGCUAUGCUAUCAACAGUUCAUUGACAAUGCCAUAUUACAUCACAGCCAUAUCAAACCCACAGCACACAGACUAAUUCCAAUUAUCUUUCUUUUUUCAAAACAUUCAAAUGAAUCUCCUUUUUGUCCAACGUAUCAUGCCUUUUUAUCAAAACAAAUACUGCAGACAGAAACAGAAAUUGCUGAAGAAAUGCAGUAGGUCUGGCAGCAUCUGUGGUGAGAAACACAAGAUUACUGUAUCAGUGAUCCUUCUUCAGAACUGGGGAUGCUGGAAAUUUAAAAUGAAAGCAGAAAAUGCUGGAAGUGCUCAGGAGAUCUGGCAGCAUCUGUGGAAUGAAACGCAGGGUUAAUAUUUUGGACUGAUGACCCUUCAUCAGAACUGGCUAACACUCCCUCACCUGAACUGUCAAUUCUGUACCUGUCUCCACCCAUGCUGCUCUUCGAUGAAUUGAUUCAGUAUUCCAUUUUAAGUGCUUGAAUGUGUUAUUGAGGCACAUGCACCAGACAAAGCCAUGGUUUCAAUCCUGGGGUCAAACAGGUCUCAAUAUCCUUACGUUUUGGGAAGCAAAUUCUUUGAUGUUUCUGCAGCUUUCCCCUGACUCAUCCCCCAUCACUCCCUGAUGACACUCUCCUACAAAAUUCGUUCAUGUCAGUCUGUAAUAUCCUCCAAGUUCUUAUGAUCGUCCAAUCUACACUUGUCUCUGUCAUGUCGGCGUGAGUGAGUCGGCGAACAUAGAUGCAAUAUCUCCAGAUUCACAUUGAGUACACACAUGGGUACACAUAUAGUGAUGGAUCUAAGAUUUGAGACCUGAUUUUCUCCGGAAUCUGCAAGCUGUAAGGAAUCUCAACCAGAGUCAGGUUCCAACUUCGUGCUCCCAAAAUAUGUUGUGCCAAAUUCUCCAAAAUGCUUUUGGGAUCAGAAGGAAGUUAUACAUCAGAUAUAUUUGUGUCAUACCCAGAUAGAAUAACUACUCACACCAAGUGCAAUGAGUUUUAAUGAGACUCUCACAGCACAUAUCUCACCAAUUUAAAAUGGCCCUUUGACAGACUGGAAGGUCUCAGGUGUUGUGUUUCUGUGAAUAAAGCUGAGGUUGUAAGUCUUGGCAGUAAACAAUUCUCCACUUGUUCAUUCCAGAUUAUUCAUUUGCCUGUAUAUUUUUGACCCUUUGUUGAAGUAUUGAUUAAAACGUCACUAUCA